AUGAGACGCAACACUGUUGCUAUAAAGCGCUUCCACCCUAUGGAAGACAAAUGGUUCUAUAAUGAAAUUGAAAUGCUUGACACAUGCAAGCAUCCACACAUAGUCAGACUACUUGGAUUCUGUGUUGAAGGAUAUGAGAAGAUCCUUGUCGUUGAGCAUUUUUCUAAUAGAUACCUUACUGAGUAUUGGCAAAACUUCAAUGGGAAGAUGCCUACUCUUACGUGGGCACAACGUUUGAAAAUUUGCCUUGAUGCUGCAAAUGCAUUGAAUUAUCUUCAUAAUGAAAUGGAGGACGGACAAAGUAAUGAAGAUGAUAACGAAGAUGCAAUUGGGAAAAUGGAAGCAGAAUUUGCGGAGACUCAUUUAAGCUGA